GAUUGACAUUUUGCUAAGAGAAAGUUUGCGCAUAAAUAUAAGCAUACGUAAAAAAAUAAUUCGAGAAAACAAUAUCUGUUGGGUCGAUUAGGAUUGACGGCAACUUUAUAGUCAUGUACUAAUGUACUUUGAGUGGGAGUGAAGUCAAGCGAAAGCAAAAAUUCAUGUUGUAUGUCUGUUUCGUAGCCAAUUUACAGUAGAAAUUACUUGUUUGGGGUUUUUAAAAUAUUGUGAUAUAGAUUACGAAACUUAUGGGCACGUGUCAUUGUUUUAUCUAAAGAUAUAAAACUAUCUGUGGCGGCUAGCUGGUGACGUUUCUCUCUGUACCUGUGCCAGUGCCUCGACCUUGCAAGGCCUAAAUUGAAAACAUGAUAGAAACGGCACUAAUGGAUAGUAAAGAUCUAACAAUACUGGGUGUGUUUUGCCUCCGAUAGAGCUGAAUUAAUUUAACAGGGUUAAUAAAUAACACAGCUUCAAACAUGUCUGCUAGUCAACUUUUGGAUUCAUGUGUCUUGGUCAAUAGGAGGGUGGAACAAAGAAGGGAACAUAGCAUCACUCACACUGAAAUUACCCAAAGGAGAAUAUUACAAGAACAGGGUCCCGAUAUGCAGCAUUACAAAGGUCCAGACGCAUCAAACACUUUAAGCGACGGUGUUUAUCACACUCAUAGUAAUGGACAGUCGGAACAUUCUCCAAAUUCAAGCCACAUGUCUGUACACAGUGAUGAACCAUUAGUAAGAACUCAAAAACAACAAACCACCCAACAAGUGACAACUGUGACGAAAGUUGUUCGCGAAGUGCAGCGAUUAGAAGAUCAAACAGGAGAAUAUAUACCUGUAUCUUUGGGAUCUUAUUCCCAUCCGUCUCAAUACGUUGACUAUAUUGAACAACCACCACAUCAUAUGUAUUCUCAAUAUCAUCAACAUCCACACUAUCAAGACUAUGACCACUUUCCCAACCCCUAUGGUGCCUAUAUGGGCUAUUCAGCAGGAACUGAGAGACCAACAACCCCUCCUAGUCCUAGUGAACACAGUGGUGACCCUUCUCCGUUACCUUUAACAUCUCAACCCAAUGUUGCCUAUGUAGGAGCAGGAUAUGACGAACUUCCUGAACAUUAUAGAGUCACUCCAUCUCCUGGAGGGCCAAUAGGUAUCGAUCCUUACCAAGAUGAUUCUGCUGUUGUUUAUGGUUAUGUGUCACCUUCCCCAUAUGGCACUGCGCCGAGUCUUUCUCGUCCUUAUGUAGAUAGUAUUAAUGGACCUGUACCAGUAGGAACAUCUAUGAGAUUGUUUGAAGAUGAAGAUCUUCAAAAGCAUGUUGGUAAGAUGUCUUUACAUGGCCACAAUGUUGGAUUAACCCACGAUAGGGCACAUACUAUUGCUUCUCCUGGUAGUAUUGGUGGAGAUGAAGAUCAGAGGGGAAUGCGCUGGCGUGACCCUAAUCUUACUGAAGUCAUCGGGUUUCUGAAUAAUCCCAAUAAUGUGAUCAAGGCCAAUGCGGCAGCCUAUUUGCAACAUUUGUGUUACAUGGAUGAUCCUAACAAGCAAAAAACGAGAGCUCUUGGUGGUAUACCCCCUUUAGUUAAAUUAUUAAGUCAUGACAGUAUUGAGGUUUAUAGGAAUGCUUGUGGAGCUUUGAGAAAUUUAUCUUAUGGCAGGCAAAAUGAUGAAAAUAAAAGAGCUAUAAAAAAUGCGGGUGGUAUACCUGCUUUAAUAAGUUUGUUAAGAAGGUCAAACGAAGUAGAUAUAAAAGAACUUGUUACUGGUGUCAUUUGGAAUAUGUCUUCAUGUGAAGAUUUGAAAAGGAAUAUCAUAGAUGAUGGUGUAGCUACUAUUGUUACUUACAUUAUAAUUCCACAUUCUGGAUGGGAUCCACAAGGAAACCAUGGAGAGACAUGCUGGUCAACAGUAUUUAGAAAUGCAUCAGGUGUUCUAAGAAAUGUUAGUUCAGCUGGAGAAUAUGCAAGAAAAAAACUAAGAGAAUGUGAAGGAUUAGUUGAUGCAUUACUUUUUGUUGUACGCUGUGCCAUAGAUAAGUCAAAUAUAGGCAAUAAAAUUGUAGAAAAUUCAGUGUGCAUUCUUCGUAAUCUAUCGUAUCGAUGUCAGGAAGUAGAAGAUCCAAAUUACGACAAAAAUCCUCUACCAACACAAACUAGAGUGGCAGCUAACUCUUCAAAAGGUGAAAAUUUGGGGUGCUUUGGUGGCAGCAAAAAGAAAAAAGAUAAUCAAACCUCAGAUUCAAAAGAAAACAAUUUUACCUCUGGUGCUCCAGGUGGCAUGUCCAGUGUAAGUGCUAGAGGUGAUCCAGUGAGAGGUAUGGAACUGCUUUGGCAACCUGAAGUUGUACAAUCCUAUUUAGCUCUCCUACAAAGUUGUUCAAAUCCAGAAACUUUAGAAGCCGCUGCUGGAGCCCUUCAAAAUCUGGCAGCUUGCUAUUGGCAACCAAGUAUAGAAAUACGAGCAGCUGUGCGUAAAGAAAAAGGUCUCCCAAUAUUGGUAGAGCUCCUUCGUAUGGAGGUUGAUAGGGUAGUGUGUGCAGUGGCAACAGCAUUAAGAAAUCUCGCUAUUGAUCAACGUAAUAAGGAACUCAUAGGGAAAUAUGCUAUGAGAGACCUUGUUCAAAAACUUCCAUCUGGAAAUACUCAACAUGAUCAAGGUACUUCUGAUGAUACUAUAGCCGCUGUUUUAGCCACUUUGAACGAAGUUAUCAAGAAAAACGCAGAGUUUUCGAGAUCUCUUCUUGAAGCAGGUGGUGUUGAGAGACUGAUGACUAUUACUAGGCAACGACAAAAAUAUACUCCAAGGGUACUAAAAUUCGCUGGACAAGUUCUCUUCACUAUGUGGCAGCACCAAGAUUUACGAGAUGUUUAUAAGAAACAUGGUUGGAAAGAACAGGACUUUGUUACAAAAACUGUAGCGGCCCGAAAUGCUGGUCCCAAUUCACCAAACAACGCAAACAGCACUUUAAACCGCCCAAUGGCAUCGCAGAGUGGCACAAGAUAUGAAGAUAGAACAAUGAAACGCACCACCCCCGGCAACAGGAGCGCUGGUGUCUUCCAAAGGGAAAAUGACAUUCCAACGGCAGAUAUGCCGUAUUCAGACAACCAAGCUGUUUUAGGAAGAUCGUAUCAAUCAGGUCCAGGUCCAAAUCCACCUCCAGUUAGUCACUAAGAAUGCAGGCCAAGUGCACAACCCUACACAUCCGUGUCAAUUGAUUGCGUUUGGUGAAGGAGUUGCUCAAAUUAGCAAUAUGAUAUCGAGUUUUUGCUGUACCGGUUGUAAUAUAAAAUCAAAUGUUUUCAGUCUCGAUGACCUAAGCCUCUGGUAACCCUCGUGUAAUUUCUCCAUAUUUAUAUUUGAGAAGGAAAUAUUAAACUUAGUCACUUCCUCACUCGCAUUUGCCUAUUAUUUAUCUAUGGUUAGUGGUAAUAUUCAUAGAAAACAUAUUAUAAUAAUGCGGUUAUACAUACCUUUAAGCUUCAUUUGUUUCAAAAAUAUGAACAAUAUACUUAGUAUUCCGAUUAUUUUUGCUUAUCAAUAUUUUCCUUUGGAUGAAGGCGUUAUAACACCAAAAAUAUUUGGAGGAUUUCAGUAACAAAACUAUUUCAUUUAUAGCAAGAAAUUAUUUCAUUUUGCAUUGUUUCUGACAUUAAAAUAUGAUCAUUCACUUCAAUUUCUUCAAAUCCAAUUUUUAAGUAUCUGCGAUGAUUUAAAUAACAUAAUGUAUCGAAAUUAUAUGUAUUGAACUCCAGGUUAUAUAUAAAUUGAUAAAGAUUCAUAAAUAAAUCAAUAAACUGCAACGAGUGAAACAAAAUCCAUAGCAGUCGUGAAAACAAAUACCCAUAUAUACAAAAUAUAUCUUGAUUAGAUACUACCAAAAGUACUCUUUACCAGCCCAUACUUUUUAUUCAUCCUAUAUUUUUAUUUUCACAUCGACGUUUUUUAACUAUUUUCAUAACUCUACAAAAUCGAUUCCGAAUGACUAAGACUGAGAAGUGAAGCUUCAUAGUAAUUGCAGUAUUUUUUAGUCCUAGAUUAAAGUGAAUUUUUACAAUUCAAUGAUCAUAAACAUUCUCAGUUCUGUUCUGAUUGAAUUUUUAAAGAACCUACUUUUCAAUUCAAAAAGUAUGCUCUUCAGUCAAUAUAAGAAACUUUAAUUUCUUUUUUAUAGAAAAUGGAAUAAAGUAAUUUCUCAACGUUGUAGAUUUUAAAUAUUCUUUUGAAUCUCUGGCACUAUUGGAUCUCUUGAUCCUAUUUCUUAGCAUACAGUGAUUAACUAUUUUGAGGUACACGCGCCUAGUAAUUCAAUAGUAUAAUACUAACCUGUACAUUUUUUUCCUAUAUUCCUAAUGCCGGUUUUUCGUGCAUGUCAUAAUAGGCAUAUGCAAUAAAAAUAUACAUCGAUGUUGUAUACUGUUUUAGAAGAUACGUUAUUAGUAUUUCAGUCUAUAAUGUUGUAUAAUGUGUUUUCUAUGACGUGAAUUUGCAAUUUUGAGAUAAUGUUAAGAAACUAUAGAACUUGUGUUCUAUUUGGAUUAAAUUGAAAUAUCAGUUAAUAGUAUUGUCGUAGGGAAAUUAUUUCAACUUUACGUAUCUGUUUUAGAUGCAGUAAAAAAUUUUAUUGUUUAUCACCUGAAUAUUAGUUGUUCUUUAUAUUAUUUUUAAUAUUAUUGAAUUAUAUAUACACUUUUAUUAUA